AUGAAUGUUCGAUCUGAAAUGCACAACAUCGACUCCAAAUCCAAUUGUCGCGACUACUUGUCCACUGAUUUGCACUUGCCUUUUCUAUUCAACCAUCCUGGUGUUUUUUCUAUUCUUGGUCUAUUUUUCAUUAGAAUUGGUGGAUGGGCACUUGAUAGGAAUUUGAGAAAGGUGUUUGUUCUAAAGGCCAAAGUAUCUGUGCUUCAGAAUCAAGUGAUUAAAGCAAAAAAAAAGAUUGCUGAAGAGAAUAUACAGAAAGCUGUCAAGGUUGCAAUUGAGACUGCAGAAGUUGCUGCAUCUGAUGGAAAGGCUUUCUGUAUAUCACGUGUCAAUGUUGGUUUGGACACUACAACAAUGCGUGAAGCGGUUGUCAAAGUCAUGGACGAGAAGGGGAUAGCGGUUAUGGUUUUCAGCACAGAUGAAACUGCAAACAAAGCUUUGGUGUAUGCUGGGGUACCUGAGAAAGGAGAUAAAUGUAAGCAAUUAAAGGUGUUGGAGUGGUUGGUGGCAGCUUUGAAGCCACUAAAAGGGAAGGGUGGAGGGGGAAAAGGUGGUCUUGCUCAAGGCCAGGUCCUAACUAUAUUGGUGAUAGAGAAUUUGGAAAGGAAUGUGGAUUCUAUGGUUUGGGUCCUGAAAUCCUGUACUUCAUUAGCCUUGAGACUCAUUUAUGUUUUGCAAGAUUUAUAUUUUUUGGUUGUGUGACUCAUUUAGAAAGUUAGAUAUGCAUAGUUUUGGAUGGUUUAAACUUUUUGUACAGUUUAGAACUUAAGGAUAUAGUUUUUGAAUGUUUGGAAUGUAUAGACAAUUGUUAAAUGUUUAUAAUUUAUGGAUAUAGAUUCUUUUUCAUGUUUCAAACAAUAUAAUGGUAGUUGAUUGA